AUGCUUAGAAUCAUACUAAAGGAAGCCAAUAAAGGUCAAAUCAACAAAUUUCAUCCCACUACUUUUUUAACCCAUUCCUUACGUUAUAUAUCAUACUUUCAAAUAUUCCCCAAAUCAUUUCCAAAUAUCACAGAUCUCACCACUAGUAUCGAUUUAAACACUGGAAAUAAUAUCAAACGUAAUCACGCUUUAUUAUCCAAAUUAUGGAAUGUAGAUUUAUAUAAGCUAAGAAGAGAAUACAGAUCGCUACAAAGUAAAUCACACCCUGAUUUGAUUAAACAACAGUCUACUACCAUUGAUGGUGAUACCAAUAAAAGUAUCGAUAGUUCUUUAUUGAACAGAGCAUAUCAAACACUUAAAUCUCCUUUGAAAAGAGCACAAUAUAUACUUAAGGAAGCCACAGGAGUUGAUUUGACCAGCGAGGAGUUUCCAGAAAAGUUCAAACCAGACGCACAAAUACUAAUGCAAAUAAUGAUGGUUCAUGAAACCUUGGAAGAAAUAACUACCGAAGAAGAAAUUAUUAAGCUAAAACAAGAAAAUAGAGCAAGAAUGAGUGAAAUAAUUAAUAACUUGACAGAUGCAUUUAAUAAAGGUGAUUUGGACAAAACUAUUGAAUUAGCUGUUGCCUUAAAAUAUUGGACAAAUUUAGACGAUGCUAUUAAGGAAUGGGAGCCAAAAAACUAG